AUGAAAAUGAAUUUCAAUUGCACAUUAUUACUUACUGGUCUCAGUAUGUUCCUUUAUAAUUUUGAACAAUUAAAGUCAUAUGAGUUUAGUUUACGUAAUAAAAAGAAAAAAAUUAAUCUAUCAUUAGAUAAUGAAUUAGAAAACUUUAUUAUUUCAAUUCUAAAUUCAGCUUCACUUUAUCUUUUAGUUUAUACUGUCAUAAGCAUGUUAUAUUGGAGGUUUUUUGUUCCAAUUUAUAUUUUAGCAUUAAGUUUUAUUGGUUUGAACUCAUUUUUCAUUAUAUGGUUACAAUCAAUGUUACACAUUAAUUUUUUGACUUUAUUCAUAGUUAAACAAUUAGAAAUAAGCCAAAACCAAUGUAAAAAUCAUAAUUUAAAUUUAGAUUUAAGUUUACAUUCUUCAUCAAUUAUCCAACAAGAAAAUAAGAACAAUUUAAAUAACAAAAUAAAAAAUAAAAAUAAAAAUAGAAACAAAAAUAAAAAGCCAAGUCAAUUAUUGAAAAAAAUUAACCCUUCAAUUUUAAUAAUAACUACGCUUGAAUUUUUAUAUAAAAUAUCAUUCAUUGCAUUUACAUCAUUACUGUCAUUGGUACCAUUUAUUGGACCCUUAACUGCAUUUUAUCAUUUAUUCAUUAAAUUUAAACGAAAAAGAGUUUCAAAUCUUUACCAUAAAGAUUUGAAAAUAUACAAAAAUAAUAAUAAAAAUUUAACAACUACAACUAUUACUAAUGCAUCUUCGCCGAAUAUAAAACAAGAAACAAAUAUACUAACCAAUUCAGUUAAAUUUUUAAUAAAUAGAUGGAUUUCAUUCCUAAGUUAUUCAUUGGUUUUUCUAUUUGGCAUUGAUAUUACAAACAGUAGUAAUAAAAAAUCAGGAUAUUAA